GGGUCGGGUGGGGGUGGGUGUUGUUCAUUCAUCGGCUUUCUUGGCGAGACGCCACAUGCUUUAGGUUAGAAUUACUGUGCGCGGAAGAGUUGGGGAGCUGUUCGAUCAUGCCGUGAGGGUUAGCAAUCUCCGCUUGUUUCCUUGUGUGUCAGUUCAUGUUGUGGAGCAGAGAUCAGUGGCUUUGUUCCUUGCGCAGUUGAUGAAAUUAUAACUACAGGAUGCUUCAGAGCCUUCCAGUUCUAGUUACAGAAAGUUUGGUCUCGUCUGCACCAUGAAACACGGAAUCGGUGUGGCCGGUAGAGGUCUAGAGAUUCUGUUAGUCUGUCAAGUGUGGAACUCGUGGUAUCUUUUGCACUGGCUGCGUGUGGAAGGCUAAUUUUAGGCUGUGCCGUUGAUCCAAAAUUAGGUGAACAGACCGGGUGUCAAGUCUUUGCUAUUGUUGGCUCUGUUCGAUGGACGGCUGCUGUUGGAACAGGGGUUUCCACUUCUUUUUGUCUAUAAUUAAGUAAUAAAUCAAAUAAAGCAUGAUCUAUUCUCCUGGUACGUAUAAAAGCAAGGCAAAUCUCUCUAGCUACCUUGGGGGUUGGUUGUUGGAAGAAGCAACCACUAGCUUCGUUGGAGAUCCAUCAAAGGAACUAACGAGGCUAGAGGUUGGUUCUUCUAGCAAGUUGGGGGCCGCAAGUGUCUGGUCAUUUCCUGCCCUUGUACCAUAUCUCCAGCCGUUUUCCAGCAUUUAGUACUUCGGUUGAUGGCCUCGCCUGCAGCAGCAGCAGCAGCAUCAGAGUUCACUCGGGAAACUGUUCGCCGGUCGCUGAUCGCAAUCUCUCAGUCCCUCCCUGAGACUUCGCUCCUGAACCCCAAGGUCAACACACCAAGCACCACCCCUGGGGCAAACGGAUAUCGCGACGAUGGGGCAGCGAAGUGCAGAUCGAAGCUGAUCUCGAUCUCGUACCCGUCCACUCCUGAUGCCCUAUCCACGCCGUGCCCCCAGAAGAACGCUGCAACCGUGUGAUCACUGACGCCUAAGCGUGCAUACAUAAGUGUUUUUCUUCUUCUGAAGUUCUUCACCCUUCUGCUGUCUUGGUCUAGGGGUGGAAUGGAUGUACUCCAGUGUGUUUCCUGUGUUUAAACUGAAACAUUUGGGAAGGAAAUGAAGACAAUUGUACA